GAUGAGCGGGUGCAGCGAACAGGAAUGCCAAUUUUCAUCUCACCAUGAUAAAUUUUAUAGAAAGUUAUGAGUUUUGAGUGAAGAAAGCGGACACGAAGGGGAGGCCAUUCAAGACGAGCCAAACCAACAUCAGUACUAUCAUCAUAGUUUCUGGAGACCCAUCUCGCAGCUUUAUGCUGAAUGGUGUCCAAUCUAGAGCAGUUCUGAAGUCUAUAAGACCCCACAUGUUACACAGGUGGCAAAUACAUCUGGGUGUCAGACCUGAUGAAGCAACUCUGGUGUGAACAGCAGAUGGUUUACGAGAUGGAGGAACCGAGCCUAGAGAGGGAAACACCUGCUAUGAAAGCCGGAACUGACCUUCAUCUGGCUAGAGAGUUGGCAGUCCAGGACAUCGUCAAUGUAGAAAUCACUUCUCCUGAGGACGCCUUUGCCGUUAAGCUCAUCAACCUCAUCGGCAUGGCGGAGGACUUUGCGACGGGAGCGGCGUGCGUGAGGCGAGAGAUUCCGGUGUUUGGCGCCCCCUACGGGGAGGGACUGUUCCUCUCGGGCAUCGUUGAUGAGAUUCGGUGCGACGCGGAGACGUUCCAACUGGACGUCGUGGAGAUGAAGACGCGGGCCAACUCCAAAACGCUGCCUUCCACCAGCCAGAUGGCCACCCACCGCAUGCAGGUCAUGCUCUACAAGAAACUCUUUGACGACCUCGUCCGGGGCGCCGUAACCAAGGCGACGAUCGCCUUGCACCUGAGGCUGCGUCUCGAUCGACGGCUGGGCGACGACGUCCUCCAUCACCUCGGCGACCGCCGGGCGUGCGACACCCUCGGGAGCCUCACGGACUUCGCGUUCGCGCGGCUGCAGAGCCUCCCGUUCGUCGCGCGGACGACGCUGGAGUACUGCCACCAGGCGGACGCGUGUUGCUUCGAGAUGGUCGCCGUCGACUACGACGACGCGUGGCUGCGGGCGGCGUACGCGCGCUGCGCGGGGUUCUGGAGGGGCGCGCGUGCCGCGCGGGGAGUUGACGUUGAGGAGGCGUGGAAGUGUCGCACGUGCGAGUUCGCGGACACGUGCGCGUGGAGGCUGCGCCGGAUCGAGGAGAUCCUGAGCGAGCGACGGAGUGCGUGCAGUGAACGGGCGGGGAUACCGGAUCGAUCUGCCCCAGACGAGUGACGGUUACUAUUAGAAUUAAUUAAUUAAAUUAUUAAAUAAUUAAUUAAUAAUGUUGUUAUAAUUAUGUUAAUUAUAUUGAUUAUUAAUCAUUAAUUAAUAAUUUACAUUGACUAAAGGACUGCUCGCACUCCACUGUUACUUUGUUGACGUGACUGUUCAUGAUGUAUAUAUGACUGUUGAGAUGAAAUGUAAAUAUGUAGGAAUAGGAUAUAGAGGGAGUAUAUGCAAAUUUUUACGCAGCGGUAAUUAUCUUGUGUUACGUCACGUCGGUCACGACCAUGUAAUUUUUUACAUUUAUAUUCAUAAACAGAAAUGUAUAUUAA